AUGGCCGCGGCUGCGAUGCCCGAGCUGGGCGAGUCCCUCGACCCGUGGACCGAGGAUGACCCGGAGAAUUUCGACCUCGACGGUUUCGCCGCGGAGUUCUACGGCGACGCCUCCGAGCGGCGCAUGCGGCAUCUGCGCGACCAGCUCUCGUCGCUGCGCGAUCUCGCCGAGUCCGAGCAGAGGCAGAACGUCUUCGCGCACUACGAGUCGUUCAUCCGGGUCAGCCGCGAGAUCUCCAGGCUUCAGGGGCAAGUUGGCAAGCUGCGCGAGAUGGUGCAGGUCCCGUCGGACGUGGUCGAGACCCUCGUGGCGGACGCGAGAUCUCAUCAGGACGACGCCCACGAGGACGAGGACGAGGCGUCGGCGACUCUGAGGCGCGCGGAAGAGCGCGCGGUCGCUUCGGCGCGCGCGGUGACCGACGGAGGGGUCGACGGCACCCUCGGCACCCUCGGCGGUCGCCGCCGCGCCGACGAUCUCGUCGGCGACGACGGCGUCGCGACGGGAGACGCCAGGCGGGCGGCCAAACUGCGAGACCAACUGGAAGAGUCGCUCUCGGGCCGCGAGGUCUUCGCCGCGCUGGAGGCGAUCGAGGAGGGGACGAGGCUGCUUCGGUCGAUGCGAGACGACGUCGCGGCGCGAGGGGGCGGGCGGCGCGGGAAGACGUCGAGAACGUUCGGGGGGGACGAAGAUGCGAAGAGGGGGGCGCCGGAAGGAAGACGCCCGGAUCGCGUCGCGAGCGUUUCCACCGUCGAUCGGACCCCGGAGGAGCCGAGGUCGGGUUCCCCCUCGCUCGGGGAGACGCGCGCGAACCCGCUCUUCGCGGCGACGCGUCACCGGGCGGCGACGGCACCCUCGGCACCCUCGGCACCCGGUGACGAUUCGAACGACGAUUCGAAGGGCGACACAGCUGGCGCCGAGCCGGCUGCGAUUCAAAAUUUGGCGAGGGCGCUGGCGGAGUCCAGGCGGACCGCGUUGGACGCCCUGAUGGACACCCUGGUCGACCCGCACGAGACCAAGGCGCGGCGAGACGCCGCCGCGGACUCGCUCCGACGCGCGGGGGCUUCGGCGGCGGCGGCGCGGCGCGUCGCCGACGCCGAACUCGCGACGGCGAGAUCGGAGACGAAGCGACUCGCCGAGACGGAGAAAGGCGCCGGCUUCGCGUUGGAGGCGUGCGAGGCGACGUUCCGGGCGCUGCGCGUCGCGUUCGUUCACGUGGACGAUGUCGAGGGUGCCGAGGGUGGUGCCGAGGGUGCCGAGGGUGGUGCCGAGUGGGGUGCCGAGGGGGGUGCCGAGGGUGCCGCGUUCAUCGCGGAGCGGGUCCGCGACGAGACCUCGCGGCUCUUGCACCUCGUCGCCGAGCGGUCGCUGGGUCGGUGGGAGAGGGCGGCGAGUCUUUCGGAGGCGUGCGCGGCCGUGUUGGCGUGCGUCCGCCACGUCGACGCGUUCGUCGCCGACGCGUCAUCAUCGCGGCGACGUGGCGGCACCUCAAUCGCGGAGGGCCUUCUCGACGCGGUGCAGGCGCACCCCGGGAUCAACGGCGCGAUGAAACGCGUCUUAGACGCCGCGACGGAGGCGUUCAUCGCGGACGACGGAGAGACGGACGGGGUGGGGAGCAGCGGGGGUUGGAUCGACGCGGGCGAGAGGUGGCUGGAGACGCACGCGUGGGAGGACCUCAGGACGCUGUGCGAGCUGGGCGUCGCGGACUGA